GGCCAGCUGCCCGAACCCCCAAUUUCAUAGGGCCGGCCACCCUCCGAGGCCGAACUCCAACAGGAGCGAACGACCCCCCAGCAGCCCCCAGAGCACCAGUAAUCUCUUUUUGUUCUCUCUUCCGGAAUCAUAUUACCCAGAUGCCGGCCGUCCACCAUCCUCUCGGUGACAUCGCCAGGGAGAGAGGGAUUCCGAGCCGCCACUACCCCAUUUCAGUAAGCACGCAUAUAUAUUUCGCAGUCGCUUUCCUUGCCCUAUUACUAGCCGUUGUUCGCUUCCUGGUUAGGCGAAGUGGUGUUUCACACGCUUCAAUUACCGGCUUGCACUCAUUCAAAGCCAAGAACUGGCCGAGCAGCACCUCAACCACGCCAGGUGAAAAGAAGAACGAGCAGCCGACCGAGUCCAUCACUGCCCCCGGUCGUCAAGGUCAACCGUCGCUAUUGGAUCCGGUGUGGGGUUUAUUAGUGCGUUUCAAAGCUGUGGCCAGCCAGCUUGGGCCUCUUCGCGGGUCGCCUAUAAUGGAUCAGGGCAAAAGCGGGCUGAAGGAAGAUCAUCACCCAUGGUCAGCACUGGCGCCAUCACGUGGCGUCAGCACCAAUGCUUCCCAACAAGCCCGCGACCCUUCAACCACAGGCCUGAGCUCUGUGGGGUUGACGGCGUGGACAAGCCCCAGCCGGAGCAACAGUCCCAUUUUUGGUGACUUGGAGGAAGCGGGGGUGGAGGGAGGCGAUGGAGGAACAGGUCUGCACUUUGAGGACGAGCAUUUCCUCCCGGCGCCGGACUCCUCUUGCCCUGGCACGCGCGUCACGGUUCCCCGGCGUUUUUCGCGCCCGCCUCCUCCACUGCCCCUUACGCCGCCCACCCUUCAUGGCAGCCUCUUCCCUUUUGAAGACCGCCAGCCUAACUACGCUGCCUCAGUACCGCCUACCGUCGGCACGAGCUUUGUCCACCGGUCAGAUUCGGCGCCUGGUGUCGCUUCCAGCUCGGCGAAUGUCCUCGUCUACAGCCUGCAGAGCUCAACAACCCUUCCUCAGCGUCGAUCGUAUACCAAGAGUGUCCCCAUUGGCGUUCCUGUCUCAACCGCUACAGCCUCUGCGUCUUCAUCCACGAAGGCCGCGACGUCCGACGGUACGUCUACCUCUUUCUCACCUUCGAGUUACCCGCCAAAAUUGCCCCUCCUCCCACCGCCGCCACCAUCGGCGCCGCCAGAGUACGUGUUUGUGGGGGGUCCGGGCGGUCCAGGGGUUGUCCUGUCCCAGCAAGAAAUCAGUCUGCAGGGGGAGAUCCUAUCCGUUGUUGACAGUGCCGGCCACGGGUGGAAACGACACACGAGGGUAUAUGGCGGCGGUGUUUGUCUUGCGUGCAUUGCGGCCGCGGCAAGAGACGGUGGACAGGGCGGGUUCUACGGGGAUAAAGUGCCGCUUGAGGACCGGCGAUACUAGCAAUCCAAUCACCGCUUCUGUCCGCGAGUUUCGAAGGAACGUGCAAAAUCCAAAAUUUGAUGAUGUGCCCCGAGGCACAGCCGAAACCCUCUUCCCU